AUAUAGAUAGAGGGGUGUUGUGCUGUGUGAGUACAGGAAGUGUGGGUGCUGUCAGGCUGGACUGAACGAUCGCAGGGAGACAUUUCUCUGUGUUUUAGUGACUGAAAUACAACAACCUGACUGAAGCUGCGAUGAGAUAAUGCUCAGUUAUUGGUGGGGUCUGGAAGGAGAACAGAAUGUGGAGAUUUGGGAGGACGACCAGAACAGGAGUUCUGAAAAGGACAAGAUCCUGUGGAGCUCAAAAAGACAAGCUCCAAAAAACAUACCCAACCUUUACACAGAGAAGGGCUAAUUUAAGUCUUCCUCCAGUCGGUGUCUGUCAUGCCAGAAAGACUGGGCCAUUCUUAUUUCCUGAGUGGAUCGGUCUCUUUGGAAGUUCAUGGAGUUCUUCAUCCUGUGCCGUGAGGUUGUAUUGUUCUGGCGCAUCCAACACAGAUCCCAUAGAGAUCCACAAACACAAGUUAAUGCUGUGGUUUAAUCACUUACCUCAGGAGGAAAAGCAGUUUGGUGGGUACUUUUCUCCUGAGACCAUGCACGUAGAGCCACUCAUCCUGGAGAAGCGCCCGGAGGAGGGUGAAGGCUCUUCCAUCAGCCCGUACAGGGAAAGUGCUUCAGUGAGCAGAUCUCCCACAGUGGAUCAGCUCUUUCACCUCAGUCAGAGCGAGGAACAUGGCAGAGGACUCAACGUGCUGCUUUACGGGGCCGUCGGUACGGGGAAGAGUACGGUCGUUCGUAAGCUGGUGUUGGACUGGUGUUCUGGAUCAAAGCUCUCCCAGUUUAAACUGGUGGUGCCCUUCUCUUGUGAGGAUCUCUGUCGUUCGUCCAAACCCAUGUCCCUCAGGGACCUUGUGGGCAGGAAGUACAUGCACCUCCGCAGGACACCGUUUCUCAGCGGAGAGGGAGACCAGGCCAGGGAGGUUCUCUUCAUCUUUAACGGCAUGGAGAAGAUGAAGUUAGACUUUAGGAUUGGCUCCAGUGAACUGUGCAGCGAUCCUAACGAGGUCCUUUCAUCAGAAGCUGUUGUUGUGAACCUGCUGAGGAAGUACCUCCUACCUGAGGCCAGCAUCUUGGUCACCACCCGCCUGUCCGCCGUGGAUCGUAUCCCUAAGAAAUAUGUGGGCCGCUACGCUCAAAUCUGCGGCUUCAAUGACCCUGAUCGUCAGAGAGCCUACUUCACCAGCAGACUGCUACUGCAGAGUAGAGGGAAGCCGGACAAGGAAGCAGAAUCUUUGAUCGAGAUGCUCUACCUCAACCUGCAGCGAGAGAGCCAGCUAGCAGCAGCCUGCUUUUUACCCUCGUACUGCUGGCUCACCUGCGCCACCCUGCAUUUUCUGCACUUUACUGACGUCAAGGCACCUAUUCGCACUCUGACUGGUAUCUACACCAGCUUCCUUAGGCUCAACUUUGGAGGAGAGGUGAUGGCCACGGGAAGCAUGUCUUCUCAGGAGCAGCAGACGUCGCUGAUGCUGUACGUGGUUAGAACUGUCGGGAAACUGGCUUUCGACGGGGUCACCAGUAAGCGUGCGUCCUUUUCCGAGAGUGAUCUGGAACAGUGGAUUGGUGGUAAGACCAAAACCGACGAAGAGCUUCGGCAACUGGCUGUGUUUCGCACGGACGUACUAGACUUUUUCCUUGUGCCUUGUGUAGAGUAUAAUAGAAUCGUUACCGAAUCCAGCGAGAAACGGUACGUGUUCGCUAUUCCAGCAAUGCAAGAAUACCUGUCUGCCCUUUACGUCGUUCUUGGGGAGAACAAGAGCGCUUUAGAGAAAGUGACCAAGGAAGUAUCGGACAUCGUCGGACAAACCAGCGAAGACCUUUCCAGCAUAAUGAACAUUCUCUCCAAGCUCAUACCUUUCAGGAUCUUUGCCAUUUUCAACCUAUUAAAGCUCUUCCCGAAACUUUUCGACCGGCUCAGCGCCCUCAGCAAGGGUCGCAUCGCCAACACCAUGGCUGCGGAGAUGUUCCGCUCGGAAGACAGCUACAACGAAGACGUUCUCGAUCAAGUUGAGCAAAGUUUACUAGGAGUUCAAGGCCCGCAGCUGAAGCAAGAAGCCGACACCAAGUCCUUCGAGUUGUACCCCAUCUUUAUGGGAGGGCUCCUUCAUUACGGCAACCGAAGGCUCCUGGACCAGCUCGGCUGCGACAUCAAGAGCACCACCGUGGCCCAGAUCACCCGGACCCUGAAGAAGCAGCUGAUCAAGGAGAGCCGCAAGCAGCAGCCCGCCACAGAGCUGAUGGACCUCCUGCUCCUGCUGUACGAGUUCCAGAACCCCCGGCUCACGAGUGAAGUGCUGAAAUCCGUCAAGGUGGUCAACCUGUCCACUGUGCGCAUGACCCCACUCAAGUGCUUCGUGCUGAGCUCCGUCCUGGACUGCACACCUUCCAGCUUCCUGCUGGACGAGCUCAACCUCUCCUCCUGCCACAUUACUCCAGACCUCCUGAGCAUGCUGUGGCCUGCCUUCCACAACACACACUGCCUCAACCUGCAGUUUAACCGCCUGGAUUCAGAAUCCUGCAUUCUGCUUCGAGAUCUGCUACUAGAACCCAACUGUACAGUUAAAACAUUACACUUGUGUGAUAACCUCUUAUCAGACAGAGGAGUCACUCAUCUGCUGGAUGCUCUGCCUGGUAACAAGUCUUUGCAAAAGCUGUCUUUGAUGCACACUGGUCUGGGAGAUGGCGCUGCGUUUGAGUUGGCUGAAAGGCUCAGUCAGCACUCUGGAUUACAGGAGCUGAAUGUGGCGUACAACAACAUCGGAGACAGUGCAGCUCUCGCACUGGUCGAUGCAUGCAGAGAGCACCCGACCAUUCACACAGUACACCUGUAUCUGAACCAGCUGACGGACGUAGGGAAGCAGUCACUGCAUGUUCGUGGGGUUCCUCAGGAGAAAAAUGGAAGACGGGUGAAGGCUCUGGCUUCUGUCACUGCGGACUCGGACAUCUCAGAGGACUGGCACCCCAUCCUCAGCGUAAUCGGGAAGAACUCCCUUUCUUGGGAGAGGGAACGCGUACGGGAACAGCUCCUGGUCUUUCUGAAGGAUCUGGAGUGGGGCCGCAAGCAGAACCAGAGCUUCUGGAAGAGGCUUCACUUCCACAGAGUGGAGAGGAUGGUCAGGCGGACCCUCCGCAUGCUGGAGAAAGGGAGCACCACAGGAACCAAACCUGUUACUAAAUGAUGGGACUGAUUUACUGUACUCAGGUGAUUUAUAAGGUCAGUUCCUUCUUUAUGGUAAUAAUUUGUGUUUGUUCAUGUUGGAGAGAUACUAGGCUUUAUUGUUGUUUAUUUGUGUGAUGCUGUAUUUCAUAGACAUCAUAAAAAUCUCAUUUUGAGACAGUGGAUUCAUGUGAAAUGCAAGAAAUGAUGGCAAUAUAUGAUAUUAUCAAGGUAGCAACAUCAAAUUCAUUUCCUGUCCGAGCAUCGUGUCUAAGUAAGCAGCAUUUCAUUUUAUACUUGGUGGCUUAAACUUGUUUCAUGCCAAACUAACAGGAAUGGUUUAUGAAAAGAAGCUAUUUUUGGUUUAUAUUAAAUAAUAAUGGAGAAAACUACGUAAAUAUUGUAGCAUAUUGUGGUUGAGAUGACAAGAACAGUGUUAUUAAAACAUUACAUUACAGACUGACAGACUGACCAAGUAAAAAAUACUACCAAGUCAAGUAGUAUUCAACAUGCACGAUAUGAAACUAAAGGAUUAAAGUUAUCUGCAUAUUAAUA